CUUUUCUGAAUUAGUGCGAUCCGUGCAAUACAGGAAUUUAGUUCGCCUUCCUCCCCUCUCCGUUUUCUCUUUUCCCCAUUCCUCCACUGCCCAAGACAAACAUGGAAGAAGCCUUUGAAUCUCUGACCGCGAGGAAGAUCCAUGAACUGCUAGUGCUUUGUGGGAUUGGUGGCUGUAAUGAUGAGCCUAUCAAAGAGCAUAUUCUUGCCAUUUCGAACUUUAUCCGUGAUCAAUGGCUGCGGUUAGGACGUACGGAUGCACCGCCGAGACUGACACCGCGACGAAGCCCGACCCCCGCCACAGCGGCGAAUGAAUUUUCGACAUCAGAUACACGAUGCAGACCGGACUACAUAGGACCAGAGUCUACGAAGAAGAAAAGGAGAUGCAACAAUAAAGCCAAGGGUGGGGCAGAUAAUAACGUGCAAAAGGAAAAAGAUACUGUGGCGACUCAGGAAAGCGGCACGCCUGUCCCGCGUCCCUCGAUGACUGAGGAACCGGCGGUCAUUGGCCCCUACCUCCAGCUCGAGUCGCCCCUGUCAGUCCUAUUUUCUGAAGGUCUUUAUCUCAACCAGCCAGGCGCCGCAACGGACACGCCCACGCCCAGGAUGAAAACGGUCGUGAAAAGGGUGCCGGGUAGUAUCCUGGAGAAUAUACUCAUCAAUUGCGUACGGUUGAACGAUGCACUUGGAAGGUACGGGCAACGAUCUGCACAAACUACCGUGACGACUAGCGUCAAGGCUAUCCAAAGCUUUGUCGAUGAAAUUGUGCAGCUAGACUACCCCGAUGCCAUCCAAGCGAUCAAGCAAGAAAACGCCAUUUCAGCCAGCAAAAAUGUCCAGACUCGGUACAACGAAACUGCGUAUUGGGAGAUCAUAAAGAAAGGUGCAGACCUCCUGGAUCAAAAGAGUCUGCCAACUCCUAAAGGGCCUCUCGAUGAGUUCACAGUGGCCGAGAAGGUCGCAACCGAGCGCUUCAUGAGAGAAGCGGGUUAUGGCCUCAGCCUUGCUAACCAGCGACAGUGCCGCCUUUUCUGGAGGAGGCUUUUCGAGAUGCGGCAAGCGGGUGUUGACAAGAUCCUCCUGUAUCGGACAAAGGAGUUCGAUCGCUUUUGCAAAAGUUAUCCGUCAGAUGCUGGAGCGUCCCUGGUAGAACUGGUUCGGCUCUGGGAAAAUACGUACGGUUUGCAGAUCAAACAGCUGGAAAAUCGGGUAACUCGUGAGAGUAUGGGCGACUUCACGGGAAGAUUGUGGCUGGGUCAAACCAAUCUCGCGGAGAGAUUGAAGAUUCCAGAAGCUGCGUGGAACAAUGCGAGUAACCCGUGGUUUUCCAAUGAGGAAGCAAUCACUUUCCAAUCAAGUGGGCCGCACGAGCCGUCGUUCGCAAAGUUUGGUGGGUUCCUUGACUUACAUCCAGGUGCAGAGGCGAUGAGAAACAAGUCUAUAUUUGUCACUAUACUACCUGACGAAAAUAAUUUCUUUUCUGUUUGCCCCAUCAUUUCCGUCCAGGAAGGAGAUUUUCUUGGAGUCUUUGCUGGGAAAAUUCGCUACUCGGGCCGCUGCGACGCCACAUAUGGUGUUCCAGGCCCCGAAGGUCUCUGGUUAGAUUAUUCUACAGUCACUGGGGCACUCAAUCUGAUGGGUGUAUCUCGCCCUGGAGGCGACGCGAACGUACGGCUUGAUUGGGAGCUCAUUAACGAGAGGAAAGAAGGAAAGCCGUUUUUGUUGUGGAGAGUGGCAGUUCGGGCUCUCCGAGCGAUUAAACCCUUUGAGGAGAUUGUUCGAACGGCUCCACGGAAAGAACAGUACCUUUUGCAUCAGUCAGCAGCUUGUGCAGAAAGGGGAUUCAGGAAAGUGAGAGGUAGCAGCACGCACGCAUUACCAGAUCAACAGCUUCAAACAGAUCUCGAAGCCUCACUCCAACCAGAGGUGUAA